AUGGAUUCCGACGAUGAAAAUUUUCGACGAGCGAUCGAUGAGGAGUUUGAAGAACUCGUUGCAGCGGUGCAAGCUGAAGCCAACGAGGAGGAGGCAGCGUUGGCGGCGGCGGCGGCCAUCCCUCGGCCGAGAUACCAUCGCCGGUAUAUCAACCAUGACCAUGCCGGAGCCGACCAGCGGUUGAUGGAAGACUACUUCGGCGAUAACCCUCGUUAUCCGCCGGAGAUUUUUCGUCGGCGAUUCAGAAUGUCGCAACGACUCUUCAUCCACAUUGCGGAUUGUUUGUCUCAGCGAUACAUGUGCUUCACCUUGCGGAGUGAUGCCACCGGUCGACCCGGAUUGUCGACAUAUCAGAAGUGCACGAUGGCAAUUAAGCAGCUUGCCUAUGUCGGGCCUGCUGACAUGUUCGACGAAUAUCUACAUAUGGGCGAAACAACUGCCCUUAAGACGCUGAGGCAGUUUUGCAAGGGUAUCAAAGAAAUCUUCAAAGGGGAGUACCUACGGAAACCAACGGCCGAGGAAUGCCAGAGACUGAUAAAUAUGCACGGGACUGUGCAUCAUUUUCCGGGCAUUAUGGGCAGCAUCGAUUGCAUGCACUGGGAGUGGAGGAACUGCCCGGUGGCUUGGAAGGGGUCGAACAACGACAUCAACGUUCUACAAUCAUCGCAUCUCUUCAAUGAUGAGUCCCGGGGUGAGGGUCCGCAAAUCAGCUUCGUGGCUAAUGGCACGCAGUACAACAGGGCAUACUAUUUGGCCGAUGGAAUAUACCCUCGCUGGCCUGUGUUUGUCAAGACGAUCCGACAACCAGUUGGGCCAAAGCAGACCUAUUUUGCAAAAAAACAAGAGGGUGCUAGAAAGGAUGUUGAGCGGGCUUUUGGAGUCCUCCAAUCGCGAUGGGCCAUUAUACGGUGUCCGGUUCGACUAUGGCACGAAAAUGAUGUCGCAGACAUCAUGACUGCGUGUAUCAUAUUGCACAAUAUGAUAAUAGAGGAUGAAGACUUUGUUGCAGAGCGCUGGGCACCGGAAGAUGGUGCUAGCACAAUUCACGAUAUUGCAACCCCUCCUCUGCAGAUGGGUGUACCAUGCAGUAAUGAAUACUUGAUUCAGCGCUUCACCAAUAUGCGGAGUGAAAUAUCACACUCAGCACUGCAGGCUGAUUUGGUUGAAGAGGUCUGA